AUGGAAAUUGAAGCGAUGAGAGCUGGCCUCCUACUUGUUAUCCACCAAGGCUAUGAUCAGGUUGACAUUGAGACUGAUUGUGCUGCUGUGGUGAACGCCCUAAAGGGAGAUUUGGAGGAUCUUUCGGAGAAAUUAAUGGGACUAAGAAGGCAAGCAUCCAGAAACAGAGGAGAUGCAGUAGCAGUGGCAAUAGACAAGGACAAAGGAAGUCAAUAUGCUUUCCAAUGGGUUGUUAAUCAUCUCGUCAAGCCAGGCCAAACUCUCACAUUGCUUCAUGUUAAGCAACCUGCAGUUCCCAACCAAACAGGACGCAUGGUUCCUAGCUCUGAAGUGACCGAGGAGGUUGCAGAAAUCUACAAAAACCAACCUGAUGCUCAAGCCAAAGACUGGCUUCGUCCAAUGCAUUGUGUUUGCAUCAAAAAGAAAAUAACCUGCAAUGAAGUCAUACUGGAAGAUUCUGAUAUACCAAAAGCACUUUUCAACUAUGUCGCUGCAAAUUCAAUCGAGGUUUUGGUACUUGGUGUACCAUCUAAAAGCAGCCUUUUCAGAUUCAAAACUAGAGACAUACCGAGCACCGUGUUAAAGGGGGCACCGGACUUUUGCACUGUAUAUGUCAUUGGCAGAGAAAAGAUCUCGUCUGUGCGAUCUGCAACUGGUGCUCUUCCCCAAAAACCAAAAGGGCUUCCAUCUCCAUGUGAACAAAAUGUGCAGCAUCACCAAAGCGGUUUGUUUCUUGACUUUGAGCAUCCUCGUUAUUUCUCACAUCAUGUGUAUACAUAGUUAAUUUUUGUCAUUACUAACUCAAGUUUCUUUGAUGAAUGCACCAUCAGAAAGGACACAGUCUCCGCAGUG